CACGCAGGCUACUUUUCUAAAAAAAAAAAAAAGUUGAUCGAAAUAUUGACUGUUCACUUCUUUCUCUUCUAUGAAUCUGGCAAACUACUCGUACUAUUCUGGCAUGUGCAACAUGACCGCAGAGACGCAGCACUCUCCCGCGGAGAUCAGCCCGGUGGUCCUGUCCCCCAACGUCAGCCUGGACUCGCCUCUGCCCCCGCUUUUGCUGCAAGGCCGCUCCAAGGACGGCGUCCUGAUCAAGUCGGAGCCGCGGGGGCCCAGCCCCGACGCCGAGGACGGAGUCGUGCUGGGCCAGACGGAUCAGGAGCACCUGCCCACCGGUAGCCGCCGCAGGAAGAGGCCCGUGCAGCGUGGCAAACCCCCUUACAGCUACAUCGCUCUCAUCGCCAUGGCCAUCGCCAACUCCCCCGAGAGGAAACUCACUCUGGGGGGCAUUUAUAAAUUCAUCAUGGAGCGCUUUCCGUUCUACAGGGAGAACUCCAAGAAGUGGCAGAAUUCGAUCCGUCACAACUUGACCCUCAACGACUGUUUCGUCAAGAUCCCGCGGGAGCCCGGCAGACCCGGUAAGGGCAACUACUGGACUCUGGACCCCGCCGCCGAGGACAUGUUCGACAACGGAAGCUUCCUGAGGAGACGCAAGCGGUUCAAGCGCACAGAUGUGAGCACCUACCCGGGUUACAUCCAGAGCUCCAGCGCCUUCACGCCCACCCCGAUGGGAAGGCCUUCCUACCCCAACACCCUGUACGCGGGGAUCGGGUCCGGCUACGCGGCUUCCUCCCCGCAUCCGGCCAUGCUGCAUCACUACCAGACUUCCGCCGGCGUGUGCCAGGCGCAGCCGCGCAUGUUCAGCAUCGAUAACAUCAUCAGCCCUCAGACGAUCGGGGAACUCAACCCCCAAGCUUUGCAGGGGCUCGGCGGGGGCGACCUGCCCGCCAUGACCUCCAGCUGCUCGGUCACCGGGGGGGACCCUUCGGCGUGUUUCCAGACCCAAACCGUCAACCAGUCCGCUAACAACCUCACCCCGGCGUACCCCUACUCCUCCCCGGCCUCGCCUUCCAACCUGACCGGCGUGGCCCAGUCCGGGUUCUCCCCCGGGAGCUCUCAGGUGUACUGCCCGGGCAACAGGCUCUCUCUGCCGGCUCUCCGGCCGAGCUCCUGCGCGGAACACACGGAGCAGCUUCUGGGUCUCUCUGGCCCGAUGAACACUUACAACAACUCUUACAUGAGACAGGCCAACUUUGCAUCGGGACUGGAACGAUACAUGUGACGGUCCGGUUGAUGAACAUUUUAUAAUUUAAUAUUCUUAUUCAUAUUUAGUUUGACAGGAAAGGAAUCAAGCCUUGUGAGAAAACAUUCCAUUUUUUUCCAAGCCAUUGAUAUUUUCACACAUUCCACGAGGUCACCUCGGAGAUUUUAAGUGUUUCGCAGACUUUAA